CUCUGUGGUUAGAGGAGGGCCCCGCAAUCAGCCAUUUUCUUCUCCUGGCGGCAGGGGAGGAAAGUGGGAACUUCCAUGGUGAAGAGGCUGAUGUCGCGGGGGUGUCUUGAAGCUAAAAGUCUGUAGCAAGAAUGGGUUAUGACAUUGAGCGCUUCGUCGGUUAUGUUAAUGAGGGUCUCUUAUGCUGCAUCUGCCGAGAUGUUCUAGAAGAGCCCCUGCAGGCUCCUUGUGAACAUGCUUUCUGCACUUCCUGCAUCCAAGGAUGGCUUGUCCAUUACAGUAACUGCCCAGAGGACCGUCAGCCACUUGAUCAGUCCAACCUCCGACCUCUCUACAGGUACAUGAAGAAUGAUCUUAAUCGACUCCAGCUUCACUGCAGAAACAAGGAAUGCGGCUGUGAAAUGGUGUGUUCACUGGAAUCCAUUGACAGACAUGAACGCGAGUGUAAAUACAGCCAGAUCCCCUGUUCUAAUGCUGGCUGCCCAGUUCAGGUUGAACGAUGCAACUUAGGCAGCCACCUGGCAGAAUGUGAAUACCGGAGCCGAGAAUGCCCCAAUGGCUGUGGGUACAGCAUUCUCCGAGCUGAAGAUGCACAGCACAGUUGUGUGGCAGAGCUGAGAACAGAACUAGAACUGCUGAGGUCAGAGAUGGUCUGCAGAAUGGAAGAAGCAAAACAUGAAAUAGAAUCCAGAUUAGAUUCUCAGAGGCGACAUAUGGUACAAAAGGAGAGUCUUUUGCAAAAUGAGAUUGAAGAGCUCAAGAGUCAGAUGUCUCGAAUGAUGUCUGAUAUACGUACCUUGAUGGCAACUGAAAGGCAGCACCGUCAAGAACUGGAACAGGCAGAACUUGAAAAACAGGAAUUGCUGGAGCUUGUGAAGGGCCUUCAGAAAGAUUACCGACUGACUCGAGGUGGCAACAAGAAAGGGACAAACGUCCGACCACUAACUCGACUGGAAAGCAUAAAGCGGAAACCAAGAGAGGUUACGGUCAUAUAAAGGAUGCUUUCAAAUUCCUGCUUCCUCUGAACAAUUAGCAACAAUGUUCUUCUGUGGUCUACAUUUGGUCUAAUAUGCACAUAAAAGGGAUGCAGUCCAACAGUAUUAUAAAGCCGCUCACUUGAGUAAGGCCACUUGGUCUGCUAGGGACCAGGCAUCAGCUGUGCCUUGAAGGAUAGCAUUUUAGAAGCCUAAAGGUAAAGGUAGUCCCCUGUGCAAGCACCAGUCAUUUUCGACUCUGGGGUGACGUUGCUUUCACAACGUUUUCAUGGCAGACUUUUUAUGGGGUGGUUUGCCAUUGCCUUCCCCAGUCAUCUACACUUUCCCCCCAGCAAGCUGGGUACUCAUUUUACCGACCUUGGAAGGAUGGUAGGCUGAGUCAACUUGGAGCUGGCUACCUGAACCAGCUUCCGCUGGGAUCAAACUCAAGUUGUGAGCAGAGGGUUCCGACUGCAGUACUGCAGCUUUACCCCUCUGCGCCGCGGGGCUCUCUAUUUAGAAGCCUAAGGAGAAGCAAUUAUGAAAAGAAUUAUUUAAUAUGAAAAAGAUUUUCUUGGGAUUGUCUUUCUUGCCCAAAUCUUUUUAAAAUAAGUCUUUCAUUUGUAGGAAUGGGACUUUUUUUUACUAUAGCUGAGACUGUACUUUGUUGUGACCCUACAUGUGCUACACAGCUUGGAUUCUAUGAGCUUUUCUGCUUGGUCUCACCUGAUUUAUCUCCACUUUACAGCACCUGCCCCAAAUGGCUUUUGUGCACACAGAAAUCUUGUGAAACAAAACCAGCAGUCAAGUUGCACUUUUUAAGACCAACGAAGUUUUAUUCAGAAUGUAAACUUUUGUGUGCUAUAAGCACACUUCAUCAGAAAAUAGGAUGGAAUGGCAAGCAGUCCUAAAUAUAAAGUGCACAGUGAAUUAGUAUGCAAAAUCAUGGAAAUGUUUUUGGCAGAUUAAAAGAAUCACAAGUU